UUCUUUCGGCCCUCCCCCUGGUACUUCUUCUAGCUCUCCCGAUCUGCUCCCGUUCCCGAGGCCUUCUUCAGCACCCGCUCAAUGACCGUUCAGGAACAACCACUUAGCAAUCUCGCCAAUUCGGCACAACAUCGGUACGGCUAUAUGCGCAAAGCAGAGCACAGCUAUGCUUCGCCGGCGCCUAUACCCUUUCAUCCUGGCUUAUAUGAUAUUAUGCACAACGUGUUAUUGUACAAGUUUGUUACCCCUCACCAGCUGCAGCCGCAUGCAACGUAUCUCCGCCGGCCGCGCCACAUCCGCGUGCGGGAAGAGGGGAAGUUACAAUAUAUGCAUGUUCAAUGGCGAAGAGGAGGUGAUGACUCUAUGUGAGAAGCCAGCCGCCCAGGGCUCACAGUGUACGAUCGACCGCAAUACAGCGCAAUGCGGCGAGCGUAUUCCGGCUUACUCAUGGUGUUCGCCAGCAGCUGCUGCUCACUCAGUAGUACUCCACGGCUACCCAUGGGCUGAACCACAGGAGGACAAAAUGUUGUACGAAGCCGACCAACUGCCGCGCACAGGUCGGUCAUCCAAUACAUUGCCAGCAGCUGGCUAGUGCGAGCGCCCAAGAGAGGCUGGUCACCUGCUUACGAGCGCCCAAUGGUCAGGCGUGAUUCUGAUAUAUGUGGAUCAGCUUAGAGACCCUAGCACCUCAUGUCCGCCGGACAUGCCGUAUAUGUGCACCUCAUGCAUUUCAAUCUCCGUAAAAUCCACUGCGCUUUCCUAUCAUCCACAAUGCU